AACUCUUCCCAAUAAGUGUGUAGCUUUUGAAGAUAACAGCUUUAUAACAGAUUUGAAGAAGUGCUUUUCUCCACAGCGUUUCUGCUGUUCAUCUACAUUAGGAAAAAUGUCUUUACUGAGAGAGUGGUGACACACUGGAAUAAACUGCCCGGGGAAGUGGUGGAGUCACCCUCACUGGAGGUGUUCAAGGAACGUGUGGACGUGGCAUUGCGGGACAUGGCUUAAUGGGCAUGGCGCCACCUUUCUCCAGGAGCGGUCCGGGUCCUGGAAAGGCUGGAGCCGCAUCAAGCAGGCUGGGACAUAUUCAAGCACGUCACUGAGACCAACAGGCAGCAGCAAGAGCUGCAGAGGCAGCCGCCCUGGAGGAGGACCCAGAGAGAGCAGUGCGUCCAUCUGGGGGAUCCUGCUGCCCUGAGGAGGAUGAGAGCACUCAGAGCUCUCUGCCCGUGCUUUGGUUCUCAGUCCAGACCUGCACAUCCUGAGGAUGGAGGCAGGGCAAAGAAGGCUGUCCCUGAAGCCGUCACUACCUUUGUGGCUAGUGGGGCUUCUCUGCUAAAGCGGCUGCAAGACCAUGAGGGUGACCGAGUGGAGACAUACCGGGAGCUGGAGAGCUUCUUGCAAGGAGACGAUGGCAGUUUGCAGAGCGGUGUCGUGAACCGCCUGAUAGCAGAGGUGUCCAGUGACAUGCGAGCAGCCCAGGGUGUGACAGAUGAUGUGAAGAUGGCUGCUAGCGACGUCCUGGUGGCUCUGGCCCGCUCCCGCUUCCACUUUGUCAUGUCUGAGCUCCAGAGCCACCUGAAGGCCAUGGGGAAGGUCCCUGAUGAGACUGUGCUCCUCACCUUGGGCAAAAUGGCCCGCAGCUACGCCCUGCGGUGCAUCCCCUUCGUGGGAAUGACGCUGCUUGCCCUGCGUGCCAUGCUGAGCCGGGUGGGGAGCGGCCGGAUCCUGCGCGCCGUCUGCAGUGUUCUGGAGCAAUGGUCAAAAGGGGUCAAUACAUACUUCGGCAGCCGGGAGCAAUGCCCCUUCCCUCGCAACGGGGAAGCGCAGCUCUGUGAAGACAUUUACCCAGUCUUCCGUUACGCGCUGGUAAAUUGGCUGGGCUGCGAGGAAGAAGAGGACAAGCAGGCUGUGCUCAGGGCGGUGGCUGCCAUGAUGGAGGUCCUGCUGCGUGAGGAGCAGCACCGCGAGCAUGCCUGGGAGCAGCUCCUCUGGCUGCUGCACCAAUCUGAGGAGGUCCGAGACACCUCCCGGGUCAACAAGCUCCCUGACGUGACCAAAGAGCCUGGCCUGGCCCCUAAGGCAGAACUUCCCCGCUGCAUCGCGCUGCAGGCACGAAUAUGCCCUGAGGAGACGGGCAUGUUUCUGCACUCCCCGGAGAGCGGUGGGAGCAAGGCCGGUCGCGUGGCAGCCCUGGGCCUGCUGGGAGCGCUGGCCCACUCUGACGCACCUGCAGUGAGAGAGAAGCUGCCCCAGGUGAUGGAGGCCAUGGGGUCAGUGUGCAACGACCCCAGUGCCCAGGUGCGGAGGGCAGUUCUGGAGUUCAUCCGGGAGCUGCUCAGCUCCGGCUCCCAGAGCUGCUGGGCAUGGGAUGUGGUGGGGCACAUCUUCAGCGAGUUCAGCCGGACCUCAGGCAGACUGGUAAGGGCAGAGCGGGACACCUGGGGCUUCCAGCAGUGCCUGGCCUGUGCUGAGAGCUUCUGCAGGCAUCCUUGA